AUGCCUCCCAGUUCUAGGAAAGGUAAGAAGAAAUCAAAGUCAAAACAGAAUAUCAAGAAGUCGGUAGCGACUACAGACACUGGUAACGAACCAAAUCAACAUCAUCAUCAUCAUGGUGUUAUGGGAACAGAAAUUUACGAUGAAGAGGGUGAUUAUCCCAGUUCAAGAGUAAUAAAAAGGGCCCCAAAUGGUGACGUUGUAGUGGAAUCUCUUCCGGAUAAAAAGCAACAGAAGAAGCCACAGCAUCAGCAUCAGCAACAAAACCAGCACCAACAGAAUAGUAGUAAUGGGUUGGAAGAUACGAAGAGACAACAGUCUCCAAUGGCAUUUACCUUAGAUUCACAUUGGGAAUCUCUUACAUCGGAGGAGAAAAAGAAUAUACUGAGGAUUGAAAAAGAUGAAGUAUUUGAAGUUAUUCGUAAGUAUCAGAACAAUCACAGUUGCAAUUGUUCAGUGUGUGGUCGUCGACACAUGGCAAUGGACCAAGAAAUGGAAAGGAUUUAUGAGACCCUGUACGAAUUGGAUAAGGGCAGAGACCCAGAGAUAAAUCCUGUUAAAUUUCAUUUAAGUAUUAUUAAAGAGUUACAAGAUUCUAAGGCUCAACAACAGCAACUGCAACAUCAACAGCAACAACAACUGCAGCAGCAGCAGCAUCAACAGCAUCAACAACAACUGCAACAGCAGCAACAGCAGCAACAGCAGCAACAGCAACAGCAGCAACAGUUGCAACAACGGUUACAUCAACAGCAGUUACAGGAGGAUGUUCGUGGAUUGCAAAAGGGAGAUACUCAAGAUAGUAAUACCAGGAUCGACUAUGAGAAUGUGAGAGAUGAAGUGGUAAAAUUCUUUCUUUCCUCGAAUGCUGUAGACUCAUUAAAAGAAGAAGUAAUGCAUUUCAAACAGAACAAACAAAAGCAACAGCAACAGCAACAGCAACAUCCACAUCAACAACAAAUUCAACAGCAUCACCGUCAUGGUCAUGGUCAGCAGACCCUUCAGCAUAAGCAACAGCAUCAUCAAUUACAAGAUCACCAUCGACAACCUCAGCUAGAACAAGUUGAAUCGAUAUCAAAUUCGGAUGAACUGCCGAUUGAUAGUGCUGCGGGUAUUACUUCAAGCUUACCGACACCUCCAACAGGUAAUAACUUUUCAAUUGUUAAUAGUGGAUUAGGAAUGCCUCCAAGGAUUGAUGCUGAUGGGUUACAAGGUAAAUAUUUGAACUUUGCUAAGACUUUUGUUUCAUCUCAUCCAAAGAUUGCCCAAGAAUAUGUGAAUAGAAUGAUGAUGUAUCCAGAUAUGAGGGCAUUAACGGAUGAUCUGAUGAAUAACAACGGUCAAGGGUUUAUUCAGGCUGUUGAAGGGUUUGUUUUAGAGCAGCAGCAACAACAGCAGAAUGACCAUCGCCAUUACCACCAUCAGCAACAACAACAACAACAUCAUCAUCAUCAUCAACUGCAGCAACAACAGCAGCAGCAGCAACAACUGAAUAUCCCACAACUGCAAUCUUUGAAUGGGCACAAUUCGGUAGAUUUGUCUAGAUAUCAACAUUUAGGUGAUGCCAAAGAAUUUACCACGAUGCUGCAUAAUGGUAAACCAUUGACAGAAGACGAAUACGCUAAUCUUCAACGUCAUAUCGCAGAACGAAUGACGAAUUCUUAUGAUACUCAGAGAAAGGAAUUUAAAGAAGUGUCGCAAUUGGAAAGAGAACUAUUUAUUCGAUUUAUGUUUGGUGAAGAUGGGAAAAAAUUUGGCGAUCUGAUUGUGGAGUCGUUUAAGGAGAAAUUCAACGAUGACCAUGGGACUGCUGCUAUUGGUGCCUCUUUAGCGGCGGCCGCUGCUGCCACUUCUGCAUCAAUGAAGAUCCCUGGUAAUGAUGACACGGAUGCCGAUUAUGAUUAUGAUGACGAAGAUGAAAAUGAUGAUGCAGUAGAUAGUGGAGAAUAUGAUGAAAGGUUUGAUGAUUAUUCUGAUUAUGAUCAAGAUGAGGAUGAGGAAUUUGAUGAUGAGGAAGGAUAUGGAGCAAAGUCGGAGAUUGAUGAUGAAAAUGAUCACGAAUUAGCGUCUGAAUACGAUGAUGAACAUAACAGUUGUCUCCAUGACCAUCAUAACCGUGGUCAUGCGGAUGUUGAACGUCCUCACCACCAUCACCAUCACCACGGUCAUCAGUGUGGACAUGAGAAUUACGAUGAAGAAUUGGAGGAAGAAGAGGAAGAAGAGGAGGAAGAAGAGGAAGAGGAAGAAUAUGAUAGUGGAUUGGAUGAAAAUGAUCGGCUGGAAGAAGGUAGAAAACUGAUACAAAUCGCUAUUACAAAGCUUUUGCAAGGACGAAUAAUGGAAUCCUACCACGAGAAGCAAGCUGAAAAUAAUAGGUUAAAACUUUUACAAGAAUUGGAGGCAGAAGAACAGAAGAAGAGGGCUAAAGAGGAGAAAAAGCAGAAGAAGAGAGAAAAGGAAAAGGAGAAGAAACGUCAUUUGCAGCUAGCCAAGGAAGAAGAAGCAAGAAGAAAAGUAGAAGAAGCUGAAGCAGUCAAGAGAGAAGCUGAAGAAAGAGAAAAACAAAGGAGAGAAGCGCAAAGGAAGAAGGUAGAGGAAGCUAAACGUAAGAAAGAUGAGGAAAGAAAGAAGAAAUUAGAGGAGCAACGUAGACGUGAAGAAGAGCAGGAGCGUCAAAGAAAGUUGAAAGAAGAGCAGAAACGCAAGAAAGAUGAGGAGAAACGAUUGAAGGAGGAAGAAAGAAAGCAUAAAGAGGAUGAAAAACGUAAAAAGGAGGAGCAAAAGAGAAAAGAACAAGAGUUUAAACGUAUGGAGGAAGAAAGAAAAGAACAAGAAGUUAGACAAGCCGCCGAGCAGGAGGAAAAAAUUAAACUAGCAAAUGAAGAAAAAGAACAAGAAUUUGCUAGGAAGCUCUCUGCAGAUGAAACUCGUGUCAAUGGUGGCAGUAAUGUACAUUCUGAAAUUACUUCCAGCUUUCCUCAAACGGGUACGUCAAAUAUAUUUCCCGAAAACAUUUAUGGUGGUGUCCAGCAAUCAUCCCAACCAACUGUACCCAUGAAUAAAAAUGUUGAUGACGAAAUCUUCGGAUUAGUAAAUUCCGCUGCCACCCCUUUGAAUGCAACUCAUUCUUCGAUGGCCGAUGUGCAAAAGCUAUUACAAGUUGGUAACGGUCUUUCUGGACAAGAAAUUCCAAGCAAGCAAGUACUUACACCAACAACUUCUUCAAUUUUUGAAAGCUCUAAUGCUUUACCCUCGUUUGAUCCCUUACCCAGUAUUACAAACCAGUUGGGGGCAGAUCAAGGUUCUGGAGCUGCUGGAUUGGGUAGUCAAUCGUACGAUUUCAAUUCCUGGAAUGGCUUCUUAGGGGCUAACCUAGCUAGAGAUUCGCCUGUUAAUUUACAGGGACCUCUUCAAAAUCAUCCACCUCACCAGCAGCCUCAGGAACCUCAACAGAAUGUACAACCACAGAAUCAACAACAACAACAACAACCAUCUCAACAGCCUCAACAGCAACCUUCUAUGCUUCCCCCCUUUGGCUUAGGUAAUGCAGUAGCCUCCAAUGAUAAGACAUUCGAAGAAGAGAUGAACAGUCUCACUGAUAUGUUGACUUCUGCUGGUUUAGGAGAUCAUACAUCAGGUACACCCAAUUCUUUUGGUCAAACACCAUUAUGGACUGGCAAUGGUCAAAGUUCGAUGGCUAUGACGGGAAAUAAUCCGGCAACACCGGCAGCUGCUAACCCAUUGGGUGAUGCUACUACUGCUGGUACUGCAGGCCCUCGUACCUCUAUAUGGGAAACGCCUUCAAUGCCAAGAAACGAUUUAGGGGUUUUAGGUAAUGGUGUGGGUCCUUCUGCACCUUCAAAUUUUGCCACCUCUAGCAUAUGGAGUAAUAAUGGUCCCUCUAGCAUGUCAUUUUUCGAUAGGCCCAAUGCCGCCUCUAGCGCCGUUGGCACUUCGACAAAUGGUAACCACAUAAGAAACAGUCACGAUGUUAAUCCCGUUGCCGCUGCUACUGGCCCUCCUGCUCCUCCUCCACCUGCACCUACUAAUACCAAUUUUGUUAUAGACAAUAUCUAUAACACCUAUUCUACCUUUGUUGCAGCACAAGAUCCUAGUUUGAACGAACGUUACGUCUCAACUACUUUAUUGCAUCAAAAUAGUCUUUGUCGUAGCAUGGAUUAUCCUACGUUUAUCACUUACCUUUUCAGUAUGCGUACUAGUCAUGGUUGUGAAUUUUUAACCAAUGAAACCGGUACUAUUACCCAUGUUCAAAUGAUUUUAGGAUUACAACAAGGCUCACCGCACAAUCCACAACAAUUUACCAAUUCCUUGCAAAAUAAAAUCUAUCCAACCGCUCCAGAUGCGACCCCCCUCAUGGGAACUCCAUUGGCUCAAACGGAAAAUUUACCACCGAACCAUAAUCUCAAUUCAGGCAUUAAUCCAGGUCCUCAGUUGUAUAAUAUCAGACAGCGGGUAAACCCAUCGCUAGUGAGUAAUAUAUGGAGCUAG